UCCUUACUCACAUUCUUCCUCGUCUUACCACCAGCAGCCGUCUCCCCAACCGCAAUACCCACCACAACCGCAAUACGCACCACAACCAUCCGCCCUCCCGCUUCCGCACAAACCGACAUCUCCUCCGCCCGAGAACGUCUUGUCCCGACCGUCUCGGUACGAACAGCAGCAACAGCAGCCGAGCAUGCCCAACCAGGGUUAUGCCUAUCGAGAAGGCCUCGCGCCUUCGACAUUGAAUGGUUCCAGCCCCACGUCCACCAAAUCUAGCUGGUUUUCCUUCAUGUCGUCCAAAUGGCCCAGGUGGUUCUUUCUCAUCACCCUUCUCCAGGCCCUCAUCUGCAUGGCCUUUGAGGCCUACGUGUUUGGCAUCUUCCAGACGGCACUUGCGGACGAACAGAGGCCCGAGACCGAAUCGCAAAGGCGGACCAUUCCGACCUUCCUCACCCUCUUCAUAUUUGCCUUUUUGUACGAAUUGAUCAUCGUCUGGGACGCCCUGCGCAUGAAGAACACCAUUCAGAUCAUCGGCGUGUGCAUCGCCAAUCUCGCCAUCAUGAUCUACGCCGCCAUCCAGAUCGAGCAGAUUCAGAUCGCCGUGCAGGAAAUGGAAGCGGCCGGCGCGCUGGUGCGAGGCCGUGAAGAUAUGUGGGACGACAUGAGGCCCUUCCUCGUUGCCAUCCCUUGUAUCUUCUCUGCCGGCACCAUUGCCAUGGGUUUCGUCGCUUGGAAGCUCUACCAAGUCUUCGCCUGGGACAUUCUCAAGACCAUUGGGGCCGACUACAGGAUGAAGAAGCGGUUCCUUCAUUAUCAGGUGUACAUCGCUCUUUUAAAAUUCGACUUCUUCUUCUUCCUCGGCUUCACGGUCCAAUUCCUCGUCAUUGUCGGCGACAUCGAGGUUGUCGAAUACGCCCUCACGGCGGCCGCCAUUCCUAUUACCGUCGCCAUUCUCGUCUCCGCAGCCUACUUCACCCAGCGCGAGAACAAGUUGGGCGUCGUCGCCACGAUUCUCCUUUACCUCGGCGGCCUGAGCUACUUCAUCUUCAAGCUCGUGCGCAUCUACCAGCCCGGCUACAGCCAGCACUACAUGGCCGUCCGCCGGUCGCUGACGGCUUUCACCGUCGUCACCAUCCUGCUGAUUAUCCUCACCAUCAUCAACGCCGUCGUCUGCAUGCGCAACUUUGGCAACGGCCUGAAGCAGCACCUGCUCAAGCCGAAGGGGCCUGAGAAGAGCGCCGACCUCAACUCGGUUAGCCUUCAGGAUGUGAAGCCGCAGAUGGCAAGCCGGAUGACUAUCGACUAAAUGGGGGAUGAACUUUUGAGAAGAAAAAAGAAAAAAAAAGAACAAAAGAAA